AACAACGUCAGUGUGUUUGAGCUGUUGGUUCAUUUGCAGUUUUUUAUUUUUACUCUGCGUAUUACAGCUGGAGAUCUCCUAGCAGUAGCAGCGGAGGAUGCCGAAUGGGCUCUGAGCAAUGUUUGCGUUGGGGGAAGAAGACCCAGCGGAGGUCUACGCUGCCUUGUCCCAGCCAAUUGACGUCGAUUGCUUGUUGCCAACUGGUGUGCUCAUUCCUCUGAGAUGUCGACCUGACAACACAUUGGAAACGAUCAAGGCCAGGCUAUGGCGUGAGGCGGAAGUGAAAAGCCAAUAUCCUCUCUUUCAUCAGCUGAAGGAGUCUUCCAAGUAUGUAUUUGUCGGCAUCAACAAGAAUGCCGAGACGGAAGAGUUAGUGGAGGAGAAGAAACGUUUCUGUGAUUGUGAAUUAUUCCAUCCACUACUCAAGGUGGUGGAACGUAUUGGUGAUCAGGAAGAGAAGUUGCUGAACGCUGAGAUCGGUACAUUGAUUGGCAAACGCCUUCAUGAGUUUGACGAGCUGGGUCUGGAGGUUCAGGAUUUCCGUUACGAGAUUCAGCAGCAUUGUGUCGGUGUUGUGGAAUCAAGAAAUCAAACAGCAGAGAGCCUGCUGAGAUGGUCCUAUCCACCGGAUCUUGAACUCACUCCCGAUGUGCCUCCGAGUUUGAAGAAGAAGCUGCACAAUGGAGAGCAGAUCCUGCUGGACCUGAAGAACCCGAAAGGCCAGGUUGCAUCCAUGACGGUGAAAAUCUCCUGGACUGCCAUGCAGUUCUUGAAGUCGAUCAUUCCCGCCGAUGAGAACCCUGGCGACUGUGUUCUGAAGGUGUGCGGCCAUGUGGAAUACUUCACAGAGAGCAAUGUACCGCUGUCACAGUAUCGCUAUAUUCGCAACUGCCUGGCUAAGAGUCAGCGGCCAAUGCUGAUAACAGUGCGCAAGAGUGGACUGCUGAGUGGCAUUCAAAUCGACAAGUUCCGCAUGGACAAUAAGCUACGGCAGACCUACGCCUCCAGUACAAUAUCUCAACGACCAGACCAAGUUAUAUCACUCUGGUCAGUGGCUUCAAAGGUUACCAUUCGUUUGCUCAAGGCUACCAAUCUAAACUCUGACAGUAUCUUGGUCAGGGCCGGCAUCUACCAUGGAGCUGAACCACUAUCUGACAUUCGCACCUCCAAAAUUGUCACCAAUAAUGGCGGUGAAUGUGCAGUUAAUGAUGUCUUGAUGUUCGAUGUGGAUGUCCGUGAUCUGGCCAGAAACUGCCGCCUGUGCUUUGUGAUUUGUGGCACAUCGGGUUCAGACGGCGCUGGCAAGAAAGGGAAGUCUGGUAUAUUCAGCAAGAAGAAGGAGCAGAUACCACUGGCCUGGGUCAAUCUGAACGCAUUCGAUUACAACGGCAAGCUACGCUCCAGUACGCAUGCACUACAGUGCUGGUCGGUGGAUGGUGCCUUGGAGGACACACUCAACUUUAUGGGAACGACCGUUGAAAAUCCCGACAGCACGUGUCCAGUACUGCACAUUGAGCUAUCUCCAUUCUCUCUCCCAGUGCAUUAUCCAAGCCUGGAAGAAAUGAGCAGUACUGUGCACAGUCCGUCACCACCGUCCCCUGGUUUCCAACCAGCAGGCAAGGAACAUCUGAUGAAGAUCGUCGAGAUGGAUCCACUGGCGGAACUGGAGGAUCAGGACAUGGAAGCGUUGUGGCGCAGCCGUGAGUUCCUCGCCACCAUUCCGCAGUCACUGCCCAAGCUUCUCAAGUCAGUCAAGUGGAAUAACCGCGAGUGUGUGGCUAGAAUGCUGGUGCUGCUACAGUCAUGGACAGCUCUGCCGCCAGAACAAGCAUUGGAGCUUCUUGACUAUCAGUAUGCUGAUCAGAACGUGCGCAACUUUGCUGUCCAGUCGCUGCACUCAUUCACUGAUAACGAGCUGAUGCACUUCUUGCUACAACUCGUGCAGGUGUUGAAGUAUGAAUCCUAUCUGAACUGUGAUCUUGGCAAGUUUCUGCUUUCUCGUGCUCUGAAAAACCAGAAGAUCGGUCACUUCCUCUUCUGGCAUUUGCGUGCUGAGAUGCAUCAAGCGCCAGUGGCUGUUCGCUUUGGUCUGCUAUUAGAGGCAUACUGCAGAGGUAGUAUGGGCCAUAUGCAGUCACUGCUGUGUCAGCAAGAGGCACUGUCCAAGCUGCGCUCCGUCACUGAACUGCUCCAAAGCAAGACGCUAAAGGAACGACCCAAGGGUAUGCGAGCCAUGCAGGAAACUCUGGAGACACCACAGUACCAGGAGGCAUUAUCUAACCUGGUAUCCCCGCUCAGUCCAUCCUAUCGGCUGCACAGUUUGAAGCUGGACAAAUGCAAGUUCAUGGACUCAAAGAUGAAGCCUCUCUGGUUGGUUUACAAGAAUGCUGACGAGGAUGGAGCAGACGUCUAUCAGAUCUUCAAGAACGGUGAUGACCUUCGCCAGGACAUGCUGACGCUGCAGAUUAUUGGCAUCAUGGAUAGCAUGUGGCGAGCUCAAGGUCUUGACAUGCGCAUGAUCCCAUACGGCUGCCUCUCUACUGGCGACCAAGUCGGUCUGAUUGAAGUCGUUCUGCAGGCCAACACUGUUGCCAAGAUUCAGAAAGCCAAAGGCGGUGGUUCUCGUGGCGCUUUUGACAAAAGCACACUCUACAAGUGGCUACAGGAGAAGAAUGCCGAUAAGGUUCAACUGGAUGAAGCGAUCGACACGUUCACAUAUUCCUGUGCUGGUUACUGUGUGGCGACGUAUGUCCUGGGAAUCGGUGACCGUCAUUCUGACAACAUCAUGCUAAAGGAAACUGGUCAGCUCUUCCACAUUGACUUUGGCCACUUCCUUGGAAACUUCAAGAGCAAGUUUGGUGUGCGCAGAGAACGCGUGCCAUUUGUCUUGACCGAUGACUUUGUCUAUGUCAUCACACGCGGAAAGGAUGAUCAGAAGGAGGUGGAUAAGUUCCGUCGGCUCUGCGAGGAAGCAUUCUUGCUGCUGCGACGCAAGGGCAGUCUGUUGAUCAAUCUCUUUGCAAUGAUGCUGUCAACUGGCAUUCCAGAAUUACGCUCCCUGGAUGACAUUAACUAUGUCCGAGAUGCCCUUGUGCUUGGCUCAUCUGACGAAGAGGCACUAGCCAGUUUCCGCAAGAAAUUCAACGAAGCUAUCAAGAACUCUUGGAGUGUAUCCUGGAACUGGUACAUCCACAAUGUCGUUCGCAACUGAGGGUGCGGCUGUGUAUCAUGUCAUUCUACAGUUUGGAAUAGCUGUCUCUACUUUCUCUACUGACCUUUUGUCAGGCUGUGGUACCAACCAGUCAGUAUUUACUGUUGAUGUACUUUUAUUUGGGCCUGGAUAUCGGAGAUUUGCCUCGAAUUUAUUUUGCUGCCAACAUCGGUAUGUUUUUAAAUGUUUGCUUGAAGUUGUGUAUGUCAUGAUCAGCUCUGACAGACCUAUCGAUCAUUGUUAUUAUAGUUUUAAAAUAGCCUUGAAUCAAGAAGAUUUAGUUCAACUGACUUCUUUUACCAGUAUAUCUUUUAACCAUGUUUUACUAUAUCUCCGUUAUCUCCUGAAAUCAUGCAAAUACAUGCAAAACAAUGCGUUGUGAAUAUUUUGUACUUCGAGUAUUCAUUUUCCACUUCAAGUAUUUUUGAAGUUUGCUACGCUGAGUUGGUCAUUUGUAUCCUGCUAAGCCUGAUCCUUUUACCCGUAGUCUAUUUUUGGAUAGGUUGUAGUUAUUUCUGCUCCCGCAUCUCGCAUCUAGGGUAUCUUGAUGCUCAGUAGUGGAAAGCCUCUGAUCCCCAUUAUAUCAUUCUAGAUCUUGGUACAGUUACUAGUACAUGUAGUUGCUUUUCUCUCUCCCUCGCCCGAUGCCCUCCAUACCAGGUAUUGCUGCAUGCUGUUGGAGCAAGCCCACUCUCUGUACUUCCAAUAGAAUUAUUGUUUUUUACAUGACGAGCACCUGUCUUACAAAAUCUUCCCUGUGACCUGUAUGUUGUGAGUAAACACCAAACUCAAUUUUGACAAAAAAAGUGGCAAUAU